CUCUCCUUUUAUCUUGUUGAAAGCGAGCAGUUCUCACUUCUUGCCCGCAGCUCUGCUAGAGAGAGAGAGACAGAAAUGGUGGCGUGCCUGCACUUUCUCUCUCCUCCAUCCCUCCAAAACCCUAAUUUCUCUUCGCCGAUUCCCUCCGCCCGCGUCGAGACCGCCGCCACCCUCGCUCCUCUCCGCCUCUCCAAUCCAGUCGUCCCUCCAAUUUCGAGGCCCGCGCGCUUCGCCUCCUCCUUCGUUCCCUCCGGCGCCGGAGCCGGAGCCGGAGCUCGCGGCCGCCGCCGCCGCCCCAAUUGCGAGGCGGUAAAGGGCUCCGACGAGGAGACCGAGCCGGCGGCGCUCGACGCUUCCGGCGGGGACGGCGGGGGCGGGGAGGGGGAGGGGGCGGCGGCGGGGAUGCGGGGAGUGGAGGAGCAGGAGGGCGGGAUCCUGCCGGAAUGGCUGAACCUGACCUCCGACGACGCGAAGACGGUCUUCGCGGCGCUCGCGAUCUCGCUGGCGUUCAGGUCGUUCGUGGCGGAGCCUAGGUACAUCCCCUCGCUGUCCAUGUAUCCUACUUUCGAUGUUGGUGAUCGGAUUGUUGCGGAGAAGGUUUCAUACUUGUUUAGAAAGCCAUGUGCCAAUGACAUAGUGAUUUUCAAAAGUCCACCGGUGCUUCAGGAAGUAGGAUAUACUGAUGAUGAUGUUUUCAUCAAAAGAGUGGUUGCAAAGGCAGGUGAUGUCGUUGAGGUUCGAGCAGGAAAACUUUUUGUUAAUGGAGUUGAGAGAAACGAGGGUUUCAUUCUUGAACCACCUUCGUACAACAUGACACCUAUGCGUGUACCAGAGAACUCAGUGUUCGUAAUGGGAGAUAAUCGGAACAACAGUUAUGACUCGCAUGUAUGGGGGCCGCUUCCAGCAAAGAAUAUAAUAGGAAGAUCAGUAUUGCGCUACUGGCCACCCAAUAGAAUUGGCGCAACAGUUCUUGAAACAGGCUGUGCUGUUGACAAGCAAGAGACCAUUUCACCAUCUGAACAGAAGAUUCAGCCUGAGGCUUCCGCUCAAUGAGGGAAGAGUGGCAUUUUUUUCAGUAUAUGAUUCUUUAGGGGGAAGUAACUUUCAUUUCUUUCCUUGUCCAUGCCUCUUGUAUUUAAUCAUUGGUAGGGUUUAAACUGAUAAAAAUUGAUGUAACAAUGAGAAAUGGAAGCAGAUCAGCAGUGCUUCUGCUGCUUGGGCAGUCA